UCGAUCGAUCGAUCAAUCGAUCGACGUGUUGUACGUCACACGCCCGCCAGCAAGGACCAGGACUUCUUUGGUGACAGAGAGUCUCCGCGGUGGUCUGUUUCUGCGUCGUGCGCCGUCCAGGAUCCCGGAUGCUGUUUAGUGUCCGUCCUGUUGUCCCAGUUAUCGCAGAUGGCCAAACGAAUAGUGUAGUGUCCAGUGUCACAAAAGUUCCACCGCAUACUGUGUUCAGCAACGCAACAAGUGAGAACGGUUGCAACGGCAACAACGAGUGGUAUUGGAGCUGCUAUUGGAGACUCUGGUCGUAGCGGUGGUGGUGGUGGUGGUGUUGGUCACGGCCACAACACCAGCGGUAGCGGGGAACAUGAUAAGACAAAAGUCCGAAGAUUACCACCUCGAUGGUGGCCCCUCGAGUGGUGGUGGUGGCGAUGGGUUAACAUCUCCCGGAACGAAGCGAAAGAACGAGUCCACCUUUCGCCAACUGCAGAACGAUGUAAUGGGCAAAGCCCGGUCCACGCUCAGUACCCUCGGUGACGUCUGGAAGACAAGCAAAAGUACCCUGUCCGGCGGUGGCGGUGGUUCUGGGUCCGGGGGCGCACAAUCCGGUGACCAGUACCACGAUACUGGCGGUGGCGCUGGUGGCGAUGGUAGUGAUUACGAUGGAAGAGGUGGUGGUCCGGAGUCGGCCGGCUAUGAAGGUCAGUUCUCGACGCCACCGCGUAGUCCCAAGUCGGCAAAAGACAAGAGCUCGUUGGACUUUUUCCUGUGGCCAAAGGGGAAAAGCAAAGACGGUUCCUCCAAAGGGAGCCAGAAGAAGGACAAAUCGACCAAGGGCCAAUCGGCAGCGCAAGAGGCAACGUACGACUCAUCGCACCCGAGUGGCUCCAAGGGGCGUGGAGUGGGACAGAAGGAACCACCGAUGAGCCCGGGAACGGGCACGAUUCGUAAGCAAACGUUUGGCUCUGGCCAAGGACCCGGUCCGGGACCGGGUGGUCGAGGACCACCAUCAAACCAUCACCACCAACAGCAUUACCAGCAGCAGCAGCAACCGCAGCAACAGCAACCCCACUAUCAACACUCAUCCAGGGCGAUGAAGUAUCGGUACGAGUAUGGCGAAAGCUCCGGUGAUGAUUUCCGCCAACGGUCACUGGACGAGACGAGCGAGUACAGCCGAUCGAUGGAGGACAACAUGGCGUACGUUGGACGCGCCGGUGACGACGAUAUGGGAGAGGAUGGUGAUCUGAGGUACGAUGAUCGGUACUAUGGUGCCAGCGGCAACACGCCAGCAACACCACGUCCGAAAUCGUACAACGAGAAGUACUCGUCGCAGUACUAUGACUACUCGCAGGGCUAUGACCAUCACCACCGGCCACGCUCACAACGAUCUCAACAACAACAGCAGCGUCCGUUCGACUACGACGAUCAGGAAGAGCAGCAGCAGCGCACUGAACUACCGACGUCAUCCGGCAAUCAAUCGAAUCUGCGAAAAGCCCAGAAUGCCAAUGCGCCCGGUGGCAGUGCAUCCGUUAACAAUCCGUCCAGUCCUGCGCCGGCUCAGAAGCACAUUCUGUUCAACGAGGAGAACGAUAUACUGUACUUUAAGGAGAACCAACGGCCAUCAAAGACAAAGUCCCUUAACGAGCACCAGAGUCGUGCAGAGAAGCAGCAACAGCAGCAGCAGGCUGGUGGUCGAGGCGGUCCAUCGAAAUCGGCUUCCUAUCCCAAGGAUGGUGGUCGGAAAAUGGGUGACUCGGACUCGGCGUACCGUCAGCAGCAGCAGCAGCAGCAACAGCUAGCACUUCCCUCGCCACAACCAACGACAUCAGCCCUUCGGAAGGUGUCACGAGAUGAACGAGCUAAUGCCCAGCAACAGCAACAGCAACAGCAGCAAGUCCGUUCCGCACCAACCACACCCUCGAUCGUCGGCCAAAACGAACCCAACAUUAUCCGGGCAACGCUCAAGCUGGAGAAACUGUCCAGUUCCGGUGCUCCACUCGGUGAUGGCAGUGCGCGAGGCGGCAAUGUCGGUGAUGGUGGUGGUCCCGGUGAACAGCAGAGUACCUCGAAACCCACCAAAGGCAUCCAGAAACAGUUCAGCACAAUCGUUAAUCUAUCGCGAGGUGGCGGUGGAGUGUCUUCCGGAAGUAGUACACUUCCCCGCGGUCUCGAGUAUGGUGGUGCUGUGUCUAAAACGACGGGCGGUGACGGUGGUCGAUUACCAGGAACGAUCCUCGAGGAGGACAGCCCACAAUCGAGACAAUCGGCAGCCGUGGGUGUGGCGAGUGAAGGCGAAAAGCGAUCGACAGGGCGGAAGAUCUGCUUCAAGGACGAACCGGUCGACAGUGGAGCGCUGGAGCGGCUCAAGUGCCAAACGUUACCGCGCAGUGCUGGGCGCAGCUCGGUGAGAAACCCGCGCACCGAUGGACCCAACACGGAUCCGAACGUGAACGAAUACUUGGACACCGACAUGACUCUACCGCGUAGAGGGAGUCUUGAUUCGGACCUAGAGUCACAAGCCAUGCGGAUUGUUCGGACCGUAGGACAAGCAUUCGAAGUGUGCCACAAGCUGACCAUGCAGGACAGCGGGGACGAUAACCUCGGCGACGACCACUCGGAACUGUCACCGUGCGACGUCUCGGAGCAGGAUCGCUGCUCGGAUCGUAUCAGCGAAGACGACGACAUCAAGAAGGAUCCGACGAAAUCGGCACACGAUUCACCCCGUUUGGCGCGACCGGACCAUUUGGAUCUCGCAACCCUUUCGCAUCCCUCCGUACCGCCAUCGCCAUCGGCCGCCGCCGCAGUCACCAGCAGCAGCAGCAGCAGCAGCAACACCAUGCACCAGCACCACCGAUCAUCAACAUCCGCGCUGCAAUCACAGCAGGAUAAGGACGCCGGACUCGAUGUGGGCUCGCUAGCGACCCAAACACCGUUGACUGCAUCGCGCGAGAUGAGCAGCCUGCGGGAGCAGCUCGAUCAGCAGCAGCAGCAGACGCGCCAGGUCCUCGCCCAGCUGAUGCUCGUCCGUGAGCAGCUAAUCUCGGAAACGAACGCCCGGAUGGAUGCACAGGCACGUAUCCAGCAGCUGUUGCAGCAGAAUCGUGAGCUAUUAGAGCACAUUGCCUCGCUCGGUGGCUAUCACGAACCGGACCGACCGGGCCUUUCGGCGACCGCCAUCGGAAUCGCUCCACAGCUGUCAUCAACGGCGAAGGUCGCUCGCUGGUUCCACACGCUCCAGUGGACGAACCAAUCGCAAUCACUGUCCCGCCCCGAGUCCGGCUUCGUGUCCGGUGAUUCGCGCUCGGAGCGCAACCAGAAAUCGGACGUCGACAUGGUGGACCUGCUAGCCAAAGAUCACGCCACCAGCGGCAGCAUUGCGGGGCCGGCGGCCAACGGUGUCGACCUGUGCGACGAGUACCUGCUGGUCGAGGGUACCAGCAAUCUGUGGAGCAAGCUGAGCGUGAAGAAGCGCAAGAAGCUGCUCGGUCUGAAGCUUGGCAAAGUGACCACCUUCUAGCCCCGGCGCCGCUGGCCACCACUCGCUACCACCGCCGUCGGUGUCGGUGGUGGUGGUGGCGGCGGACUCAGUGGUGGUUUUGGCGGCCGUCGAUGGUGGAACGGUACAAGCCAACCGAUGGUGCGGUUAACGGCAGCGUCCGGUUCCUCCGCCGCAAGCGACAGUGAUGAUGGGGAGGAGGACGAGCAGCAGGAGCCGAGCGAUGAGUAAACGAAAGACCGCGGGGCGAGACGAUGCCACCGUCAACCAUCACCAACAACACCAUCAGCAACCAUCUGUCCUGACGGGAGGGGAUGCUCCCGGUCGUUAGCUUCGCCACAAGGCGGCUAAUGAUCGUGUGAUGCAUCCCCGUUCGAAGCCGUCCCAUAUCGUCGCAUUCCCCGUAUGCCAUGCAAACGAGAGAUUGUCCAACUUCCUGGCCCCGUUCUCCCUUUUCCCUUGAUGCCACCAGAACGGAACGAUUACUCCAGGACGAUCCUGGAAACGUAACCAUAUCAGUAUACAGUAUCAGUAGGCGAUGGCGAACAUGAUGACGAGCAGGAGCUCCUCAGUAGGCUCUUCAAUGUGGUGCGAAAGUGACAGCCUGUUCCAUGGGUGACUGAGAUGAACAGCGUGGUAGUAGUAGUAGUAGUAGUAGUAGAAUCGAACACAGUAGACAAUGCUCAUCGCAAGAGACAUCUAAAGAAAGAGAUCCUCGAAUUCAAACGAGGAGGAUUUAGCGCCACCAGUUGACAGUAUUGACACCAAAAGGGACACCAGCGAGUGUAUCCCCAAACCGCGAGGAAGAGAUUACGGCUAGCUCUCGAACGUGCAGCAAAACGAACAUCCCCUAGCUACAGGCGCUGGAGUGCAUGUAUGUGUGUUCUGCUUCAAAAAUUCCCAUUCCAAGACUGAUUUGACACGGACGGUACAUCUCGGAACACAUACAGAGUGCGUGCGCCCUUCUAGUUACGCUGCUUCGAUCACAUUCCCCACAUUGUCCCCAAAAAACAAUCGGUUAGCAGGCGUGUGUGUGUGCUUGCGUGUAUGUGUGUUAGUGUUAAGCUAGUAGGGAUCGCGAACAGAACAUGUCCUUACAUUCCGUUUUUUUCCCGGAUUUUUUUCACUUACUCAAGUAACAUAAUUAUUAUAAUGCCCCUCUACUCCUCCCUCGUCCUGUCUAUCUCUCUCUCUCUCUCUCUCUCUCGUUUAGAGAAAGAGAGAGAGAGAGAGAGUGUGUGUUCUACUCCUGUUGGCCCGGUGUAUGUCCCAAGGGGCAACCCAUAACACCGCAGGCUAGCAGCCGACCCCCACGGAUAGCUAAUGUGUAAGUAGUUUAAUUUCCAACCAUCCCCCAAAAUACCCCUUCCUUCUACCUUAUCAUCCGCCCGUAAAAAAGAAAAAAGCGACAAAAUAUACAUUCCACCACUCGUUUCAUUGCCUCACGAUCCCUUCCCCUUUUUCCACCUUCUCCCGUCGGUUAAAGAAAACGUAGGUAAAUAGGAAAAAAAGAUGAAUA